CUCCGUGGCACUGAAAUCAGUCUGAGUCGGAAGGUUAGCGCGAAAGUGUGGCUCGACAAAGAGAAAUCUGCGGUGAAAAUAGUUUUCUAAACUCAAAAAGAGAACAACUUCGAGAUGGUGGUCGUAAAUAACAAGCAAAAGAUUUCGGUGCCCGAGUACUUGAACGAAGAAUUCUUCACCGAAACUCUGGAAGAGGGUCUGCGGGAGACAAAGGUUACCCUCGAAGAAAUUAACUUUGAGUGGGGCAGCAACCCGGGGGACAACUACUGCUCGGCCAUCUAUCGCGUGCAGGUGACAUUCGCCAAAUGGUUGGAUGGCAAGGAGUCCGCGAACAAGGAGCAACUUUCGCUGAUUGUCAAGACUAUCCCGAUCACCGAGGCCACACAGUUCCUCGAGGAUGUGAGUGUUUUCAUCAAGGAGAAGCAGACCUAUACGGAUAUACUCCCUCGGUUGGAAAUACUCAGUCGCGGCGACAAGUUUGGGGCCAAAUACUACCAUUCCGUAAAGGGACCCGUGCAGACGAUUGUCUUUAGCGACCUGAAAGUGGAGGGCUUCGGGGUGGCUUCACGCGAGACAGGACUCGACUGGAAUCAUGCCUCGCUCAUUCUGCAGCAGCUGGGCAAAUUUCACGCCACUUCCAUGGUGCUGGCACAGAAGGAUCCAGAAAUCGUGAAGCAGUACACCCGCGGCAUGCUCAGCGAGGAUAUUCUGAUGAAGACCGACACCUUUGAGAACAUGUUCGGUGGCUUCCUCAAGGGCCUCGUCAAGGUCUCUGCCGGUUGGCCCGGCUACAAGCACAUCAGCGAACAUCUGCAGCGUUUUAGUAACAAUUUCCGGAACGUGUGUGCAGCGGCCGCAAAGCCCAAGCCCGGCGAUCGCUAUGUGGUGCUGAAUCACGGCGACAUGUGGACCAACAACUUCAUGUAUGGCUAUGACAAUGCAGCCCAGCCGGAGGUGCCCACGCGUGCCAUCUUCGUGGACUUUCAGCUGUCCUUCUACGGCAGUCCAGCCUGCGAUCUGAACUUCUUCCUGAACACCAGCCUCCAGUUUGAGUUGGUGCAAGAGCGCCGCGAGGAGCUCAUCGAGGUGUAUUAUGAGGCCUUCAGGGAUACCCUAGAGUACGCACGAUUUGAGCACAUUCCCACCUACGAGGACCUGCUCUACGAGCUGCGUAGCCGCGAGACCUAUGGCGUGUUUGCCAUGUUUGCUUUCCUGCCCAUGAUCACCAUGCCCAAGGAGCUGUCGGCGGACAACAGCAUCGACAACAUGCAGGAUGAAUCCUUUAAGCAGAAGAAAAUGGAUGCCAUCUUUGCCCAAAAGUCUCUCAACGACUACCAGAAGUGGGCCCUCAAGCGCUUCGAUGCGCUCGGCGUCUUUGGGGAUUACUAGACGUUGAAGACUUCUCUUCAUAAUGGGGUUAGGUAUUGACUAACAUUUGUGAUAAAAGACAAUGCAAUGGAUUCAAGAUGGGUGUCACCGAGCACCACAUCUGUGCCACAGAGCAGCCAGCUUGUUGUAGAUUUUGUGUACAAGGAUCUACAAGUGACUGUCUGUAGAGUGGAGUUCAAUUAAACAAAAGCAAUGCAA